AUGUAUCUCCAAGCACUCCUCAUAUCAGUAGUUGGCUUAGCAGAUGCCGUCGACAUCAGACCGUUAGGACAUAGAGUUGAUCGUCAUGGGACUAGCUUGGAUCGAAGGGCAACGCAACCAUCAUACGACAUUCACACAUUCGAUCAGCUGAUCGAUCAUUUCCCGAACUCAUCAAGAUACACACCGAAUCUUCCUGGCCAGACGUUCAAGCAACAAUAUGUCUUCGACAGCUCUUACUACAAGCCUGGCGGACCGGUAUUCCUAUACAUCGGAGGUGAGACCUCUGUGCAAAGCAGGUUCAGCAACCUAGCGACUGGAAUCAUUCAGAUCUUGAUAGAAGCGACGAAUGGUCUUGGGGUAAUCUUGGAGAAUCGCUACUAUGGCAACAGCUUCCCAUUCAAUUCUUCGUCGACGGACGAGUUACGGUUCUUGACUACUGAGCAAACAAUUGCGGAUAAUGCCUAUUUUGCUCAACACGCCACCUUUCCUGGAGUGAACGCCACGCUGACAUCAGAUAAGACUCCUUGGAUAUUGUAUGGCGGGAGUCUUGCUGGCGCUCUGACGGCGUUCUCCCUCAAAACCUAUGGCGGUGAUGAUGGCGUCCUUUGGGGUGGCAUCUCAGCGAGCGGCACCACAAAGGCAGUACUACCUUAUGGAAUCUGGUACGAUGCUUAUCAAAAGUUUGCACCACAAGAUUGCAUCGGCAGUCUGAACGCCAUCGUAGACAAGAUCGACCAUGUGUUCGAACACGGAAAUGCGUCUCAGAUCAACCACAUGAAGAGCUUAUUCGGACUCGAGGCUCUGAAAGACAACCGAGACUUUGCCAGGACGAUAGCUUUCCCACUUGGCGGCCCGGUAUUCUAUCCCACGAGCACCUGGCAAGAGCUCAACUGGGAUCCUGCUUAUGGUUCUGACGAUAUCUGGUACUUCUGUUACAACAUUACCAAUGCGGAUUCGCCUCACAACGUAACACAGCUCGACUAUGCUCUGGCUCCAUACACGAACGGCGAACCAUGGACUAAUCUGGGCAACUAUGCCACUUACAUCAAGAACUACAUCGUACCAAUGUGUCCAGAUCCUUCACUGAUCGACACCACCACGACUGGCUGCUUCUCGACCCAAAACCAAUCCUACUGGGCAGACACUACGAAUAACGAUAACCGCGCCUACAUCUACAGCUCCUGCACGGAAGCUGGAAUUUAUCAAGUCGCUCGAGCCACUGGUCCAACCCUCCUCUCUCGGGUGGUGAAGCUAGACUACACUCAACAAUGGUGCACCUGGGCCUACCCUCCGGGCGAACACAACUCCAUCCCAUCCACCCCUGACCUCAAUCGAAUCAACAAAUAUGGUGGCUACACCGUCACAGCAGAUCGUUUGGCUCAUAUCGAUGGCGGUCAAGAUGUCUGGCUUGACUUGUGUUACCACUCGACUUAUGCUCCGAAGCGGAUGACGAGAAACGCGAAGGAUGCGUACCUGCAUCCUGAGAUGUUGAUUACUGGAGGCGGUCAUCACUGGGAUAGUUAUGGUAUCAGGGAUGUUGCUGCUGAGCCGCAGUUCAUCAGGGAGGCCCAUCUUUGGGAAAUUAGGAUUGUGAAGAAGUGGUUGCAGAUGUGGGAUGAGAAGAAGGGGACGAGGAAUGGAACAGAUCGCGUUGAGUUGUGAAAAUAUCAAGAACUGAGUGCUGGCGUCACUGCACGCCGCGAUCAGAGGCUAGAGCGGUGUUGAGACAGCGACGCUGAAGUGAUCAUCACCUGGAUAUUGCGCAGUCAUAGCGUUUGAGAACUGACGAGCCUUUUGAGUAGGAUAUCUG